CCAGACCUUAGCCUGUCCGAAAGGACAAACGAAAAAAAAAAUUCAAGUUUUUGUAGGUUAUGUUUUUGUUGUGGAUGUUUGUUUACCAAACCAAUGCAAAUGUUUAACUGUGUUUACUACGGCCAAUAAAGAUUAUUAAAGAAUACUUGGAAAUGAAAUAAAUAAUGCAAAAACGUUAAAAAUAUGUAUUAUUCUACAAAAGUUAAAGGAGCAGAAAAAUACAUAUAUCCAUAUAUUUCUUUGCUACGAUGUCAUCACAACAUCCCCUUUUUCGAUUUCUAUUAUAGGACUACAGGCAAUAAAAUAUCAGAAAGAGAUCGACCUAUAUUGAAAAAGAAACACCCAAAUAUUGAAGUCCUCACAAAUGAGCGUGUGCAGUGCACCCUGAAUAUAUUAAAAAAAUUUGGUAUAACCCCAUUUGAAGCAUGUCAAAAUCUUCAUCUAUUUUCUAUGAAUCCUAUAACAAUGGAUAAUUAUGCUGAGAUAUUAAAAGAAUGUGGCUUUAUUCAUAUAAUUCCACAAUAUAUAAUAAGAUAUCAUACAAUAGUUAGAUCCAAGACCAUAGAAUACCUAAAAAAGAAAGGUCUUGUGAGAACUGAAUUUGUAUUGGAGGAGUCACUCCUAAAUAGUUUUCCAGAAUGGCUAUCUAGCAAUAAACAUUUAGAAAACUUUCAGGAUUCUGACACAUCUAUAUUGACAGUACGGAUGAGUGUAUUAGAAAAAUACCUUAACUGGAGGCUGUCCACUACUGCUGAAGAAUUCCAGAAGUAUUGUCGCCAUUAUUUGCCAUUAAAACACAAGCCUAUGACAGACAUCCGUGAAGCUUUAGACAUAGCUCAAAAUGAUAUAAAAUUUAGUGUGGAAAGCAUUAGAAGAAAUGGCUUUAUAAUAUCAGCUGAUCCCAUCAAGACAAAAAUGCUAUUAGAAAAUGUCACUACCUUAGCAGGUCUUGACAUAAGAAAAGUGAUCCGAAUAGAACCAGCUAUAUUAAAAAAUAAUUAUUUAGCUGUAUUACAUAUUAGGAACUUAAUGGAGGAAUACAGAAUAUCAGAGGCAGCGCAACAAAGAUACUUGAAAGUCUAUUGUAUGAAACCGCAAACUGUGCAACAACGACUGGAUGAACUAAAGUCUUUAAAAGAAUAUCAAGUACUGUCUUCUAACCCCAGGGCUUUAUCGAUGGUGGUUCAUAAAAACAAAAUGUUAUCACGGCUGAAGAAGAUUCAGGAAACAGAGAAGCAGUGCUACAGUCUUAAUAACCUUGUGGCGUCCAGUACAGUUUUUAACAAUUACAUGAGUGGCUUUGGAAACAGAGCAUGUGGUCGCGACAUGGCUAUAUUAAUAGCAUCUUAUGCCAACGCAGAAAAUGAUAAUUAUAAAUCUACAAACUCUGAAACAAUUAAAAAUAUUGUAAAGCAACUGAAGAAACAUAAGUAUUAUCUCCAUGCAGCUUUGAUUGUUGUCGACACAAACAUACAGUUUUUGAAGAAAAAAUUCGACAAUUCUGUUAUUUUUCGCCAUUGUCAACUACUUUUGUAUCCCCUUUCCGAAUUAGAAUACUACUUAAAUCAUUUACUAGAACUACGGAGCGGUAAUACGGAGAAAACUGAUCAUAAAGUACAGCUUGAUGCCACCUAUAAUAAUUUAAAAUAUCACCAGCUCACCGACGACCAAAUAUUAAGUUUAGUUUUGUACGAAAUAGAGAAGAAAUACCACUUCAGUGGCGACGGGAUAUGGGCGAAACAAGAUAAAGUAAACAAGAAAAUGUCUGCCACCUGACAGCAUCACAAAAAUUGUGUAAAGAGAAAAACAGGUAUAUAAUUUAUUGCCAUCAAACUGGUUUAAAAAUACAUAAAAUCAGUUUAUUUUCAUCUGAUUGUUUUUAUUUUUGCAUCCAUCUGACUUUAUUGCCAUGAAAAGUAAAUAUCUCUUUGCCUGUUGCUAUAAUCUGAGGCCCAAGCAUGUACUUUGACUGCUCCGUACUCGUAUCGCAUGGUCAGUUUCUAUGAAAACUAAACAGCGCCCCUACUGGAAGAAAAGAAUAAACUGGCUCCUUCUUAGAUUUUUUUUUAUUUAUAGGCCUGACAAAUGACUCCACCCCACCUGAUGUUAAG